AUGGCACAGCCAUAUCUCAUGGGACUGACAAAAAUCAUAAAACCAAUGCAGCUGCUUGACAAAGACAAAGACAUAGCAUCAGACGAAGAAGAGCCUACUUCAGCAGGUCCCUGCAUCCCCAACCCAUGCCAUAACGGAGGAACGUGUGAGAUAAGUGAAGCAUAUCGAGGAGACACGUUCAUAGGCUAUGUUUGUAAAUGUCUCCGGGGGUUUAAUGGGAUUCACUGUCAGCACAAUAUAAAUGAAUGUGAAGCUGAACCUUGCAGAAACGGUGGAAUAUGUACAGACCUCGUUGCUAACUAUUCCUGUGAAUGCCCAGGGGAAUAUAUGGGAAGAAAUUGUCAACAUAAAUGUUCUGGGCCAUUGGGAAUCGAAGGUGGGAUCAUAUCAAAUCAGCAGAUCACAGCCUCAUCUACCCACCGAGCUCUUUUUGGACUCCAGAAGUGGUAUCCCUACUAUGCUCGGCUGAAUAAGAAGGGACUCAUAAAUGCCUGGACAGCUGCUGAAAAUGACAGAUGGCCAUGGAUUCAGAUAAAUUUGCAAAGAAAAAUGAGAGUUACUGGUGUUAUUACCCAAGGAGCCAAAAGGAUUGGAAGCCCAGAAUACAUAAAAUCCUACAAAAUUGCCUAUAGCAACGAUGGGAAGACCUGGGCAAUGUACAAAGUGAAAGGCACCAAUGAAGACAUGGUGUUCCGUGGAAAUGUUGAUAACAACACACCCUAUGCAAACUCUUUCACACCCCCAAUCAAAGCUCAGUAUGUCAGACUCUAUCCCCAAAUUUGUCGGAGGCACUGUACAUUAAGGAUGGAGCUGCUUGGCUGUGAGCUCUCAGGCUGUUCAGAACCUUUGGGGAUGAAAUCAGGGCAUAUACAAGACUACCAGAUUACUGCCUCCAGCGUCUUCAGGACACUCAACAUGGACAUGUUCACUUGGGAAUCAAGGAAAGCCCGGCUGGACAAGCAAGGCAAAGUAAAUGCCUGGACCUCCGGCCACAAUGACCAAUCACAGUGGUUGCAGGUUGAUCUUCUUGUCCCUACCAAAGUGACAGGCAUCAUCACACAAGGGGCUAAGGAUUUUGGUCAUGUGCAGUUUGUUGGUUCUUACAAGCUAGCCUACAGCAAUGAUGGGGAACACUGGACUGUGUACCAGGAUGAAAAACAGAGAAAAGAUAAGGUUUUUCAAGGCAAUUUUGACAAUGACACUCACAGGAAGAAUGUCAUCGACCCUCCCAUUUAUGCACGACACAUAAGGAUCCUUCCUUGGUCUUGGUAUGGAAGGAUCACUCUGCGGUCAGAGCUGCUGGGCUGCACAGAGGAGGAAUGAUCGGACUCCACUUCCCACAAUUCUUUUCUUUAUUUCCCUGCAAGUAUCUCCAUGCAAUGAACUGUGCAAACUCUGAUGGAAAUGGAAUGGGUUUUCAUUUUCUCAUGAAAAAUUGUUGAAAUUUAUAGUGGGCUACUAACUAUCUUUUAAGGAGUUCUAAGCCUG